AUGAUUGAGAGAGGACAAACAGUUUACACAAACUUCUAUUAGAUCCAGAUCAACCCAAACAGCCACAUUUACAGAUAUCAACUAUCAUUUCAACCAUUCUUAUCUCCAGAACAAUAGAUAUCCAAAUGGAGAGACAUAUUCAAGAUUGCUAAGUCAGGUCUUCAAGAGAACCUGAAGGUCUUCAUUACCAACAACUAAAUCCUCUAUUCCCCUGUGAGAGCUCAGACCAUGGGACUGCUACUUGGAGUAUACGAAGAAGAAGGAACCAGUUAUUCGAUUUCGAUCGAAGAGAAGGCUGUUCUCAAGCCUGGAGAACCUGAGUACACUGGGUUGAUUGGAAGAUUCUUUAAGAUGUUAUUAAAGCAGUAGAAAUUGUUGCAGAUCGGAAGAAAGUACUUUAACACUAAAAAUUUAAUUAAUUUUGAUUAAUUCGGAUUGAAAGUAUUACCAGGAGUAAGUUGCAGUCUUAUAAAACAAGAAGAACAAGGGAAGUAUUACAUCAACAUCGACUCUUCAUUCAAAAUGUUGAGGAGCACAACCAUGUAUGAGGAAUUGAGGAACUCAAGAGACUUCUCCUAAUUGGAAGGGGCCAUCGUGAUGACAGUCUACAAUUACAAAUUCUAUAAAGUGAAUAAAGUGAGUAGGGAGAUGAAUCCAAAGAGUGAAUUUGAAAAUUUAAAAGGAGAGAAGAUGAGUUACAUGCAAUAUUACUAAGAUAAAUAUAAGAUUGCCAUCAAGGACGUUACUUAGCCAUUGAUCGAGGUCUUAGAGAAAUCAAGGAAGAAGCAAGAAGAGAAGAUCAUCUACUUAAUACCAGAAUUGUGUGUGAUGACUGGAUUAUCUAAUGAAAUGAGAAACAACUUCUAAACUAUGAAAUAGUUAUCCACUGUUACUAAACCCAGAGGAGUAGACAGAGUGAGAUAGGCAGACCAAUUUAUUUAGUGUUUUCACAACAAGGAGAGUGAAGAAUUAAUAAAGAAAUGGAAUAUUCAAUUGGAACCUAAGUGUUUGUAGAUAUAGAGUUCUAAAAUCAAACCAGGCAACAUUAUGAUGGGCAACAACACUGCCAUCAAUAUAGAAACAGGUAAUUUAGAUAGAGAUACUCAAACUGCGAUGUUGAGAGGAGUGGGCUUGGAGAAUUGGGGAAUCCUUUAUAGUGAUAGAGAUGGUAGAUAAGCAGAAGAUUUCAUGAGUUGUUUGAGAGAGAGUAUAGAAUAUUGUAAGUUUUAAUGCAAGGCUCCUCGUACUUUUGUGCUUCAUUCAAAUAGAAUUGAAGAUUGGAUUAAGUAAAUAGAUUAAAUUGUCCAACAAUCAUAAGGACCUUAAAAGGUGACCUUGCUCUUAUUGAUUUUGAAUGGGCCAAAGAAGAAUGCUCCACUCUACACAGACAUCAAAAGAUAUUUGAUCAAUGAUUGUCCAAUAGCCUCUUAGGUUAUAUUGAGUUCCACUUUAAAUCAACCCAAAGGCAAAGUCAAGACUAUUUGCAAUAAGUUAUUGGUUCAAAUUUGUGCUAAAGUUGGAGGAACACCUUGGGGAGUCUCAGAAUUACCAUUUACAGAUCAACCUACCAUGAUAUGCGGUAUGGAUGUGUAUCAUUCCACUGGCAAAGCUAAGAAGUCUAUGUUAUCAUUUGUAUCUACAGAAGAUGAAUUCUUUAGCAAAUACAUGACCUAAUCAAUUGAAAUGGAAACUGGAGUAGAAUUCUCAUUCAGUUUGUGUCCAGUCUUAGUCAAAUCCUUGCAAUCCUUCUGUGGAGACAGGAACGGUCCUUUGCCAUCCAGAAUCAUUAUAUUUAGAGACGGUGUUUCUAAUUCCUAGGCUAAAACUGUUAUUGAAACAGAGGUAGCCUAAUUCAGACAAGCCAUAGAACAAGUCAAAACAGAAAAGAACUCUGACAAACCAAUCAAAUUGAUAGUAUUAUCAGUCAACAAAAAAGUAGGGGCUAAAUUCUAUGCUGGAGAGAGAAACUUAGACAAUCCUCCUUAGGGUACUUUGAUCGACACUGAGAUUAGCAAUGGAAAGGAUGAUUAUUAUCUGAUUUCACAAAGAACCACCUAAGGAACAGUGUAGCCCACUCAUUAUCAUGUCUUAGUGAAUGAUAUGUCCGAUGAACCUAACAUCUUGAAGAAAUUGUAGUCCUUGUCUUAUAAGCUGUGCUACAUGUAUUACAAUUUCAGUGGAGCCAUCAAAAUACCUGCACCAAUCCAAUAUGCCCAUGUUUGUUCUAAUUUUAUAGGAGAUAGAUUCGAUCCCAGAAAACCACAAUCCUUGAUUAAGCCAAAUCCGAUAUUGAAUCAGAGAAGAUCACUCUUCUUCAUAUGA